AUGGCGGCUUCCUGGUUUGAAAAAGGUCGUCCGGCCCUGUUCGAAGCUUUAUCAAAUGUGUGCGACCAGAUUGGCAGGGAUUUGGCUGCCGAGGCGCAGGCGCGCAGUUUAGAAAAGAGUCGAAUUGAGACAUCCGGGGCGGCAGAAGAAGGACGUGCCGAGAAAUCAGACAUCGUGUCGAGGCUGGAGGCUGAAAAUGAAGAGCUACGAAGGCAGCUUGCCAAGUUACGGCCGCCAGUUCCAACGUUGGGUUCAACUCCCGCGUCUUUGACCACAAAACUACUUGACCAAGCGCUGGAAACCACUCGUUCUUCCACCGAUGAUCGGACUGGUGUCAACAAGGCUUCGACAUGUACCUCAAGUGGUACCCCGCCAUGUCGAGACUGCUCGAGGAUUUUACGGAGAUAUCACGCCUUGUCUGCCAACUUCAAAACAGCCAAGGAUGCUUUACAGCGCAGAAAAGAUGAGAGAAACAGAUGGAUUAAGCAUUCCGAACAUCUAAUGGAACAAAUACAAGCCGCCGAAAACCAAUACAGUAUACAGAUCUUGGACCAGAAGGCUCAGCCAAUGGAAAUACCGACAUCAACAGCCUUGGAAGCCGAUGAACAAAUCCCCAACCCUUCUCUCAGCUUCAUGUCUCAAGGAGGGCCCGAAGAAGCCGAGCCUCAACUUCCAGAGCUCACGUCAACGCCGAGACCGACUGGCGAAGCGCUUGAAGGACCGUAUGCAAACUCCGAAACAACCCAGGGCGAAGCUUCAGACGACAUCUCCCAGCCUCUUCCGGUGCUUGCGGCCCUUUCUGAAAGUGAGAAAGCGGUGAUGAAAGAAGAGCAGUCUUCUGACACUCUAGAGAUUAUUUCCGAGAGAGAAGUUAGGAAGCGCAAACGCAAUGAAGUCAACCCUGUAACAGCUGUCGUGCCUAAAAUCAAAACCGAAAUAGCCGGCAGCUCAAGCCCAGUAAUGUUGAUUUCGCCGGUGCAACACACGCAAGAGAGCAUCGACUUGGGGGACAUUGUCAAGAAAAUCCAAACACCGAGGAAGCGUCAGUUAUUGCAGCAAGUCGGACCACAAUCUGAAAUAACUCCCCGUUCUAAAUUUACCACGUUCACACCAGUUCAUCCCGAAGCCCAAAAGCAGCCGCAAACCACCACAGCUCCUCGGCAAUCGUCAGCUCUGAUGCCCCUAUGUGUAAAUGCACGAACAACCCGACCGGCUCCAGUCAAGAUUCAGCGAAAAGAUCGUUGGGCCGAACUCAAUAUGACGAUAGAAAGUCUAGCUGAAGAGGGUGCAAGCUACGGUACCCAGCCGUUCAUUGAACAAGUUAAAUCCCCGAGUGUAUGUUCUACUAAGAGUAGGCUAGACGCUUUGCUCAAUGACCCCCCCGCGCAGCCAGAAGAUGAGAAGAUCAUUGGAUCCAGACUAUCCAAAAGGCCUGUGCUCGAGGCGUCAGCUCACAACGCGGAUCUUAACAUCCCAGGACGGCGACAGCUUCCAUUUGACAAGGAUGGACCUGUAUCCAGUAAAUCAACUCCAGCUAAACGGCCUUUGAGCCUGAAACCCGUCUCCGAAGCAAAGACGCAAGGCGGCAAUUCUGCGCCACCGCGGCAGGCCACAAACCGCGAGGACUCCAGGUCGUUAAGACACAGACCACUCUCGAAACUUUGCUUAGAAGAUUUCAAAGUCAACCCGCGUGCUAAUGAAGGCCACGACUUCGCCUUUACCGAAGUAGUAAGAGAUAGGGGCGACAGGGCAUGUUUGCCGGGCUGCACAGACAUGCACUGCUGCGGCAAAGAGUUUAGGGCCUUUGCCAUUUCGCAACGACCCAGCCCGCCAUUAACAAGCGCGCAGCGACAAGAGGAGCAAAAGCUUUUGGAAGAGUAUCUAGGGGACUUUUCGUACCGGCUAGCAUCGAUGGAUAAGCACGAACGGAUGGAAGUCUGGAUCGAAGCCAAGACGCAGGAAUUGGCAAAUAAGUAUGGCAAGCAUCGGCAUAAAUUUUCUCGCAUGCAGUCGCCCCCGGGCUUCUGGGAUGCCAACUUUCCAGACACGCAGCAACUGGAGGCGGACAGAGAGGAAGCAGCAAAAAGAAUGAGACGAGCCGUUGCAGAGCGAUACCGAGAAGCCACGCGACCUGGCGGCAGAUGGAUAUUCAAGGAUGAGUGA